UGGCGGCACAUAAACGCUGUUUAGUCAGACUUCUAACGGUUCGUCACGGGCAGACAGACAGGCAGACAGACAGACGCAGGUCGCGAGAGUAAAGUUCUUCUUUAUAUUUGUCCAACAUGAACAGAAUCAUCCUUCAGCUGUUUGCAGUCGCAGUCUGCUUCGCAGUCGGUCAGUCUCUGCGCUGCUACAAAUGCAAACUUGGCUUCUGGGAUCUGUGCAUAACCAGUGAAACCACGUGUGACGCAGGAGAACACUGCUACAGUGGUAUUGGGAAAGCAGCCGGCUUCGUGGACGUAAAGAAGAAGGGCUGCCUAAAAGUGGCCGAUUGCAACAAGACGGAACAGGUCACCAUCACGGACAACAACCCCAACGCCACCCUCUACACCAUGACCAAGACUUGCUGCUCCACCGAUCUGUGCAACGCCGCGCCCGGCCUGCCGGGGGCCUCCGGGGUCAGCCUGGCCUUCGCCACCCUCACUGCUCUGCUUGUGGCCAACGUCCUCGUUUGACAUGGGAUAUAACAAUGGAUCAUGGAUAAUAAAAUGUACACACACACACACACACACAAAGCACUACCAAGUUUGAAUCAAAUGCCCCCCUGACCCAUGACCUCUGGUUUCUGUAACUUCGGGGCUUCCCCACGUGGCCUUUUGUGUUUACUUUGAUAUAAUAUUGUUCUUACACUAAAUUCAAGUGCCUUGUUUGUAUGAAUCAAAAGCUUAAUGUCCAGUUAUCUCACACUUUGUGCCAAUAGACAUUUUAUUCAAAUGUGAUUAGUCGCAUUUUGUGACGGGAAUAUUCACUACAGCUGGAAGGCUAUUAGCUUAGCUUAGCAUAGAGACUGGCUCUGUUUGGAAAAGUACUGGCAGGUUUACAUUGAAGUAAUUGACAUGUUUGAAGCUGAUUAGCAGAACCAGGCUAGCGGUUCUGUUGUCAGGCUAUGCUGGGCUAAGCUAAAUUUCUAGCUGUUUGAUGUUCGUCCUGCACGGAUCAACCGUUUUCUGUCAGUUGUCGGUGUCAAUUUUUCUUCUAGAAGUAAAAAAACAACAUGUUGAAGUGAUUAGCAUUAGCUAGCCAGUGAUAGCAGGAGCAGAUUAGCAGAUCCAGGCUAGCUGUCCUAAGCUGUCUGCUAAGGUUUGUCCUGUAUAAAUCAGUCCAUUUCUAAAUUGUCAAACUAUUCUUUUAUAAUAUUCAAAUGUCAAAAUAAACCUUUCUAUUUCUAGUUAUUUCAUGUAUUUGCCUCUGUGUUCACUGUGUCGCUGACAUUCAAACACCCACUAUCUGUAAAAAUCUUUUGUUUUGCUGGUGUUCCUUUUUUCUUUCUCUGCUAUAAUUGUAUUUUUAAAUACUGGUGUAGAAUCUUCACUGCACAUUACUCAUACGCUGUGGGAUGGAUGCUUUUGUUAGUGUAAUGUGUGUGUAUGGGGAAAAUAGGAUGAAUCCAUGAUGUUGUGUUUGAAGAAAAUGAAAUGUAAUCAACGUCAGGUCGAGGCUGGUUGUAUAUAGGCUUUGAUUUCAGCAUGAAUCAGAAAUGAUUACAUAUGACUCACUCAUUUCCUGGGAGUUUUUCCAGCUUUCAUAUAAAGCCAUAUAUGUUUUUGCAACAUUGAUUAUUUUAGGCAAUAAAGAACUUAAACCAUG